AUGGAAAAUGAAGAUGAUGAUGAUGUUUCUUUUGCCAAAUGGAUGAGCAGCUUCUGGGGCCACAGCUGGAUUGAUGAAAAUGAGAGAGAAUUAAGAAACCAUAGGGAACGCCGGGCCCAGGAUAUCAGAAAUAGAAGAACCUCCCUGCCUUGCCCAACACAGUUUGCUGCCCUUCCCAUGUCCACUGUUCAUGGACCCUCCAUGGUUGUUCCAGUUUCUGGCCACCCCAGAAGGCAUUCUCAUGAGGACCAGGAAUUCGGAGGCCAUCGUCACAUGAGGGCAGGCAAAAUGUGCUCCCAGAGCAGUUCAGUGCAGGGACAAAUGAAACCCAAAGGCAGAUCACAUUCCAUUCAGGAAUUUUCAGAACACUUUGAGCAGCAGCUCUGCAUUAGAACUAAAAGAUCAGUCUCUUUGGAGCCUGAGGACAGAAAGGAGAGAAAAGAUAGAGAGAGGCUGAGAAGCAGGACAAAAGCCCAUCAGGAAGCAAGGGAAAGGAGGAAAUCAGAGGAAAAGGAACAGGAAGAAGCCAACAUGGCAGCCCUGGCCAAAAAGAUCUAUGAAUAG